GUCUCCAUUUGGAGAGACGGAAGUUCGCAGUAGUCUGAAACAACAGCAGGCCCCCACCGCUGCUGCUGCGGCUUCCGGGCAACAUGUACCAGCUGUAAACAUGGCGGAGGAGAUACUGGAAGCAGUCGAGAAGUUGCAGUUAAGGCUCGGAGACAAUCAAGAGCCUCGCAAGCUUCUGAAAACUCUGAAGAGGCUGGGGGAGCUUCCUAUGACGGUAGACAUUCUGGUGGAAACAGGCAUUGGAAAAACUGUGAAUUCUUUGCGCAAGCAUGAAUAUGCUGGUGAGGCAGCGAAGAACCUUGUGGCAAAGUGGAAAAAGCUGGUGCCAGAGAAAUCUGCAGACAGACCAAGUGUAAAAGAUGGACGUUCCCACUCGCGCAUCAGUGAGUCUGCCGGCCACAGACGGGUCCGGGAACGCUCUCCAGUGGAGCCUCCUCUUAUGGAGGAGGAACAACAUGAAGAAAUGGGCUACCAACAUGGCUACUCGCCGUCUCCUCCACAGUACAGACACAGCAGCGCUCCGCAGUAUCAGUCAGAUGAAUACGAAAGCCCUCCGGAGGACGAGCCGGAGCCCAGUCCUCCACCAAAUAACAUUCGGCACAGCAAGCCACACAAAGAGCCAGUCAGAGAGCACAAUUCCCAGGACCUGCGGGAUCAGGAGAGACGAAAACAGAGGCCCGGGGGCGAGGAGAGGACUAACCGAGCGGACAGGGAACAACAGGGCGGGACGAGUCACAGAUCUAAACACGAUCGGCUUUUAAGCUCACAUGAGGGCAAGAGGGAGAAGAAAGGGGGAAGUGAUGGAAAAUCAAGAGAGAGGAGGGAAGUUCCAGGGCCAGUGGAUGAGGAUGAAGAGCCUUAUGAGGCUCCGACCAUGUCUUUUGAAUCCUUUCUUACAUAUGACGCUCCCACCCCAACUAAAAAGAAAAAGCAGCCCUCCCGACCCCCUCAGCCCCCUGCCCCGCUUCCUUCUGCUUCCUCCUCCAAGUCCAGCAAAGCCAACGGGACCAGCAGUAAACGCUCAAAGCCAUCCUCAUCCUCUUCCUCAGUGACCACACCUGCUGUUCCAGAGAAACGCAAGAAGGUUGUGGAUGUGGUUCCCACACUUCCUGAUAUCCCUUUGCCAGCUAUUCAGCCCUUCUACAGACCACUGCCCUCCAUUGACCUCACGCCACUCUCCCCCCAGAGACGCAAAGUUCCAGUGUCAAAUGAGGAAGAGGAUGGUGGCUACACAGGGCGACGGCUGAACUCUAAAAUGGUGGUGUACUCCGGGUCCAAGACUGCAUAUUUGCCCAAAAUGAUGUCCCUGUAUGAGCAGUGCAUUAGAGUCCUGCAGAACAACAUCGACU